UGUCCUGUAGCCCUGCAUGAGGUCCUGUCCGCAGGCAGAGACUGUCUGGUGGCAGGGGACUCAUGCUCCAGCGACGAGACCUGCAGCCCACGUCUGCGGACCCUGCGUCAGUGCGUGGCGGGGGACGGCAGCAUGAAGCUGGGCCCCGGGGCCCGGAGCCAGUGCGCCAACGCCGUCUCAGCCCUGAUUUCCAGCCCCCUGCACAGCUGCCAGUGCAAACGGGGCAUGAAGAAGGAGAAGAACUGCCUCAGCAUCUACUGGAGUCUCCAUCAGUCUGUCAUACACGGUGAGCAACUUUGCAAGUUGCUCAGUCAUUUGUAUCGGAUGGGAUGGCGGCCAAGUCCAUUAAUGUAACACAGGUUACAGAUUUAACUCUUUACCCACAACACAAUCUGGGUGAUGCAGGUUAGUCAUGAUGCCUGGCAAACAGUCAGCCAUCAGUCACCACACCUGGCGUCACUGUGUAACAAAUUACUGAAGGUCCUUGGAGAGGGGGAGUAUUUUCUGUAUUAACCUGCAGGAGACAUAGUAAAUGACUACAGGAAAUGAAAAAUGUGCAAGUCCUGUUCAUUAGCUCUAAAGGGAUAAUAUGUCAUUACAGUGUCAUACAAUGUGUCAUUCCGUAUCCUCUCAGGACUCAACCUGGUAGCGAGUUACCCUUAUGAAGCCGUGGAGAGAGACUACGACUACGUUCGUCUGGCCUCCAUCACGGCUGGUAAGUAAGUGGACCUCGGUUCGUUUUGAUCUUACCACAACCUUUUGACGAUGAGCCAGAGGUUUCAUGUUGAAAAGAACCCGUCUUGUAUCUUUUAGGUCCUCCUGGAAGGCAGCCUUAGGCAUAGAAGAGCCCACAUUGUAUCCUGGAGGCACAGUUAAAAAUGAAAGUGUUUUCAAUGAGUCUGAACAAAAUUAGCAAAAUAAAAAAUUUGAAUUUUGCUUCCAAGCACCUCAUUUACAUCUGAUUUAACAUUUCAUUUGCAGGAAGAGAAGUAAAGAGGAACAAUGAAUAUCUGUAAAUAAUUAUUUAGGUUUCUCAAGACGUUUACAACUUUUAAAUGCCAAUUUCACUGAUAGGUGAUAUACAGUACCAGUCAGAAGUUUGGACACACCUACUCAUUCAAGGGUUUUUCUUUAUUUUUUACUAUUUUCUACAUUGUAGAAUAAUAGUGAAGACAUCAAAACUAUGAAAUACACAUAUGGAAUCAUGUAGUAACCAAACAAGUGUUAAACAAAUCAAAAUAUAUGUUUUAUUUUAGAUUCUUCAAAGUAGCCACCCUUUGCCUUGAUGACAGCUUUGCACACUCUUGGCAUUCUCUCAACCAGCUUAACCUGAAUUGUUUUUUCCAACAGUCUUGAGUUCCCACAUAUUCUGAGCACUUGUUGGUUGCUUUUCCAUCACUCUGUGGUCCAACUCAUCCCAAACCAUCUCAAUUGGGUUGAGGUCGGGUGAUUGUGGAGGCCAGGUCAUCUGAUGCAGCACUCCAUCACUGUCCUUCUUGGUCAAAUAGCCCUUACACAGCCUUGGGUGUGUUGGGUCAUUGUCCUGUUGAAAAACAAAUGAUAGGGUUAGGGUUAUCGCUGCAGAAUGCUGGGGUAGCCAUGCUGGUUAAGUGUGCCUUGAAUUCUAAAUAAAUUACUGACAGUGUCACCAGCAAAGCACCCCCACACCAUCACACCUCCUCCUCCAUGCUUCACGGUGGGAACCACAUAUGCGGAGAUCAUCCGUUCACCUACUCUGCAUCUCACAAAGACACGGCGGUUGGAACCAAUAAUCUCAAAUUUGGACUCAUCAGACCAAAGGACAGAUUUCCACUGAUCUAAUGUCCAUUGCUAGUGUUUCUUGGCCCAAGCAAGUCUCUUCUUCUUAUUGGUGUCCUUUAGUAGUGGUUUCUUUGCAGCAAUUCGAUCAUGAAGGCCUGAUUAACACAGUCUCCUCUGAACAGUUGAUGUUGAGAUGUGACUGUUACUUGAACUCUGUGAAGCAUUUAGUUGGGCUGCAAUCUGAGAUGCAGUUAACUCUAAUGAAUGUAUCCUCUGCAGCAGAUGUAACUCUGGGUCUUCCAGUCCUGUGGCGGUACUCAUGAGAGCCAGUUUCAUCAUUGACUGUCGUUUCUCUUUGCUUAUUUGAGUUGUUAUUGCCAUAAUAUGGAUUUGGUCUUUUACCAAAUUCGGCUAUCUUCUGUAUACCACCCCUACCUUGUCACAACACAACUGAUUGGCUCAAAUGCAUUAAGAAGGAAAGAAAUUCCACAAAUUAACUUUUAACAAGGCACACCUGUUAAUUGAAAUGCAUUCCAGGUGACUACCUCAUGAAGCUGGUUGAGAGAAUGCCAAGAGUGUGCAAAGCUGUCAUCAAGGCAAAGGAUGGCUACUUUUGACUGGUCCUGUAGUAUUUACCAAAGAUGUAUUGCUUGGGCAUUCUCUUCUUAUUCUAUGAUACUGAUUCCUGGUUCUUCCUUCCCCUUGUGCCAACAGACUCUGAGGCCAACGUGGCGACGUUGAACCGCUGCCUGGACGCAGCCAAGGCAUGUAACGUUGACGACCUGUGCCAGAAGCUCCGCACGGAGUACGUAUCUGCCUGCAUCAAACCCUCGGCCAAGUCAGGCCUCUGCAACAAGGCCAAGUGCAACAAGGCCCUACGCCGGUUCUUUGAUCGCGUCCCUCCAGACUACACACAUGAGCUGCUCUUCUGCCCCUGCACAGACACGGCGUGCGCCGAGCGACGCAGGCAGACCAUUGUUCCCGGUUGCUCCUAUGAGGGCUCAGACAAACCCAGCUGCCUCAUACAGAUGCGUAUGUGCAAGGGCGACUAUGUGUGCAGGUGAGUCAGAAGCUCUAAUAACACAACACACUGUAAAUGUGGAAUGUACUGUACCUAUUUUUUUAUAUUUUGGGACAUAGGCCACAAUGAGCUACUACCCCUUCUUUCUGUUCUUGGCAACAUGUUGUAGCUCGCUCCAAGAGAGGUUGAGAUCUGCCAUCUCAUCUCUCACAGCCUUGUACACUCAGUGUAAGAUGUAUAACAUUGGGUCCAAAAAGUAUUUUUGCAUUUAACAAAAAACUGUUGUUCAUAUUUUCUUGUGACCCACCAACUCAACAAACCAAUGCUUCAAGCCAGUCUUUAGUCAUGAGUCUCAUGACCCAGACAGUACCAGCUGUGACUCACCAGGGGAUUAUUUGGGAACCACAUCUGUAUCAGUUCAGACGAACCAAACAAAAAAAUCAACAAAAUGGCUCAAUAUUCUACCCCCAAGCUGUCCACCAACAUUGUUUAGAACACCCCUGAGAGUCUGCUGGAAUAACACAUUCAAUAUUUUACGCAAAUAAAAUGUAAGAUGGAUUAGAGUUAUUGCCCAUUGCAAUCUCAUGUCAUGACCAUUAUUUCUACUGCCCCUUUUUCUGCUCUGUGGCUGAAAUAAUGAUUCUGGGUUGUUGAAUGAAAUAAAUAAAAUAAACUAAUGCCCCUCAGUAUGCCACAUAGCCUUACACAUACUAGUGCGGUACCACCAAAUUCAUAGCACAUAGAGAUAGCGAAGCGCCGAACUCUACCCGUCCUCCAGUGAAAACCAUGACAUAAAAUAUAUAUUUUACCAUCAUUGUAAUUGGUGUCCGGCCCUUGCUCGCUACUAAACAGUGCUAGUUGUGUUGGCGCUGUAUAGGUCCCGUCUGGCUCAGUUCCAAUACGACUGCCAACCAGCCGAGUCGUCUGCCAACGGCUGCAAGCAGGGGAACUAUGGAGCCUGUCUACUCGCCUACACAGGCCUGAUAGGUGGGUACAGAGCCUGAGAGAGCGAAUGAAGAAUGAGAACGGAUUGGAGAAAGCAAAACGAGUGGAGGAAAGAUAGAGGGUAAAUCAAUGAAUAAAGAACAGGAGAAAGAAAGAAAAGGAAGAAUUUAACAUAGAAUGUGAGUGGAUUGUUUUUAGUAACCUACAGUGUAACGAAAAGGAGAAAGCAGUUAGAGGGGAAACGAGAGAAGGAUGGAAAAGGUAAACUAAUGAAUAAAGAACCAGAGAAAGAGUGACAGGAAAUAUUUGAUUUGGAGGGAAAUUAAAGAUACUAUUUAAAGGAACUACAUGUAACAAUUUAGCGAUAAUUCUGAUUUCAUUGUCGUUUCAAAGUACAUUUUAGAAAUACCAGAAAUAGCUUAUGCACUUCGUUCUGACCUUAUUAUAACCCAAUAAACAUCUGCUGCAUGGGCAUGAGGUAAUGUUAUGUUGUUUAUGUUCGCAAACUCUCGGACGAGAACCAAUCAUGAAACUGGAAGAUGCUGAUGCAUGUACACUACCAGUAAAAAGUUUGGACACACCUACUCAUUCAAGGGUUUUUCUUUAUUUUUAGUAUUUUUUACAUUGUAGAAUAAUAGUGAAGACAUCAAAACGAUGACAUAACACAUAUGGAAUCAUGUAGUAACCAAAAAAGUGUUAAACAAAUCAAAAUAUAUUUUAUAUUUGAGAUUCUUCAAAUAGCCACCCUUUGCCUUGAUGACAGCUUUGCACACUCUUGGCAUUCUCUCAACCAGCUUAACCUGGAAUGCUUUUCCAACAGUCUUGAAGGAGUUCCCACAUAUGCUUAGCACUUGUUGGCUGCUUUUCCUUCACUCUGCCGUCCGACUCGUCCCAAACCAUCUCAAUUGGGUUGAGGUCGUGGGAUUAUGGAGGCCAGGUCAUCUGAUGCAGCACUCCAUCACUCUCCUUCUUGGUAAACUAGCCCUUACACAGCCUGGAGUUGUUUUGGGUCAUUGUCCUGUUGAAAAACAAAUGAUAGUCCCACUAAGCCCAAACCAGAUGGGAUGGCGUAUCGCUGCAGAAUGCUGUGGUAGCCAUGCUGGUUAAGUGUGCCUUGAAUUCUAAAUAAAUCACAGACAGUGUCACCAGCAAAGCACCCCCACACAAUAACACCUCCUCCUCCAUGCUUUACGGUGGGAACUACACAUGCGGAGAUCAUCCGUUCACCCACACCGCGUCUCACAAAGACACAGCGGUUGGAACCAAAAAUCUCCAAUUUGGACUCCAGACCAAAGGACAAAUUUCCACCAGAAAAUUAAUAGUUAUUUAUUAUUAUUAUUAAUUACCUAGUUAAUGAGUAUGAUUUGAGUAGAUCCUAUUUGUGGAGGUUUAAAGCAGUAUGUACACUGAGUAUACAAAACAUUUACAUUUCCAUGACAUAGACUGACCAGGUGAAUCCAGGUGAAAGCUAUUAUCCCUUAUUGAUGUCACUUAUUAAAUCCACUUCAAUCAGUGUAGAUGAAAGGGAGGAGACAGGUUAAAGAAGGAUUUUUUUUAGAGAAUUGAGACAUGGAUUGUGUGUGUGCCAUUCAGAGGGUGAAUGGGCAAGACAAUAAAUUUAAGUGCCUUUGAACAGGGAAUGGCAGUAUUUGCUAGGCGCACCAGUUUGUGUCAAGAACUGCAACGCUGUUGGGUUUUUCUCGCUCAAGUUUCCCGUUUGUAUCAAUAAUCGUCCACCACCCAAAGGACAUCCAGCCAACUUGACACAACUGUGGGAAGCAUUGGAGUCAACAUGGGCCAGCAUCCUUGUGGAAUGCUUUUGACACCUUGAAGAGUCCAUGUCCCAACAAAUUGAGGCUGUUCUGAGGGCAAAAGGGGGGGUGCAACUCAAUAUUAGGAAGGUGUUCCUAAUGUUUGGUCAGUGUAUAUACUGUAUAUGUCCUAAUAUGCCGUACACAUAAAGGCUGUUAUUACACUUUGAGAAGUGCCUUUGAUUAAAUAUAGACUUUGUUUUAUGCAAUCGCUCAAAGAUCGGCAAUUUCUCAAUCAUGCUCUCGAAAAAAGAGCACAAAGCGACCUAAUGCAUUUCAAGAGCUUCCUAAUGGUGCACUUCAGCACAAACAAGCACUUGGCAUUUUCAUUCCUGGCCUGUAUUUAUUAAGCACUUGAAACUCACCAUUCCAUUUCAAAACUUGGGAGAGAAAUGGAACACAAUAAACACUUCCAACCGUUUUCAAGGAAAGCGCAAAUUAAAGUGUCUUUGCCUCCAUAAAAACGAGCAACAGAUAGCUGGCAAGAGUUACCCUCAAUACACUUGAACUCGUAUCUGCAUUUUUGCUCAUUUCUUGAACAAUAUCCCCACUCACAUUGUGCAAUUGAACUGUGAAUUGCAAAUAAGGUUCUUAAAUGUUUUAGGUUGCAUAACAGUCUUAGCAAUGGUUCUUUCGAGGGAAUUAAUAUUUGAUACUAAACUGAGCACACAUUGUUUCUGCAGGCAGUUCGAUAACUCCCAACUAUGUGGAUAACUCCACAUCUAGCGUGGCCCCAUGGUGCUCCUGCUCUGCCAGUGGAAACCAGAGAAUAGAGUGCUCCGACUUCCUGGAAUACUUCACCGACAACGUCUGUCUCAGUGAGUGGCUCCCAGCAAGUCAUCACAAAAAACAGUCUCCAGUGACUUAGGCUGCAUCCCAAAUGGCCUACUUUUGACUAGGUUCCAUAAGGGUAAAAAGUAAUGCACUAUUUAGGGAAUAUGGUGGAAUUUGGGAUGCAGCAUUAAUGUUGGGUUGUGUUCACUAGCACGAAAUGGAGGAAAACGGCCCAAGGUACUAUCAGAACGUCUGGAAACGUUUUGAAACCUUUUGCUAUGGUGUUCCCUAAUGAGCAUGUUACACUACACAGGUUUAUAAGGGAGAAGAACAAGAGCAACAUCUUCUUGUAUCUCAAGAUGCCCUAUUUCUAUAAAGUCUGGUUCCGUAUAUUCCAAUGGUAAAUGAUAUGGGACGAUUUUGUGGAAGGUAGUGAUCAUAACAUGUUAAUCAUUCACAUGACUGUUGGCACCUGUUGCAUGUUUCAGGGGAUAAAGCUGACAUUUACUCCAUGAGUUCUGGGGAUUUUGCCCUUUAGUUUUUUGUCAUGUCUCUCAUAUGCGGUCGCUUACUGGUAAAUCUAUUUUUUUUUCUCCCUUUGAGGAAUGAUUUAUCCAGCAUCUCAAAAACAACACUUUGGUUUUCCAUUACAAUAAUUGGUCUACAUAACAAUGCUUUUGCAUUAUUCUACAAAAAAACUUCAUAGAGCUCCCAUUGAAACCACACAAAUUUGAUUUGUCUAAUUAUCUGUUUGGAUUGAAUGCAGCUUCUCUCUUAUUUCCAAAUGUUAUUUAUUGGAUGAUGUUACUCCUUGUUCAACCUAGCCUAUUUGCAUUAAUUAAUACCUGUGCCAAGGGACAACAGCAAAUUGGGCUCACUAGGAGCAGAUUAUAGAAAAGGAAUUUGACAGGGGGGAAAUUUUAUACAAUGAGGCAGAUAUGUCCCACACCAGUUAGUUACCUGUAGGCUCAACAGCAGUGAAGGAUUGUGUUAAAAAAUAGUUAUCUCCUCUCUGGGAAAAUUACCAGUCAGUAUGAUCUCUUGUGCUCUCUCGCUUUUCUUUCUUUCUUUCUUUCUUUCUUUCUUUCUUUCUUUCUUUCUUUCUUUCUUUCUUUCUUUCUUUCUUUCUUUCUUUCUUUUUCACUCUCUCGCUUUCUCGCUCCUCUCUCUCUUUCACCCCUCUCCCUCCCUUCUCUCUCUCUCUCAUUAAUCAUCCCCUUCAUGCUGUAUCCUUGGUAAUUCCACCUGGGUGUUCACAGUGCCUUUCCUGAGUGAAAAGGAAAUAGGUUAGCCCUGUGAUUCUAAAGUAAUCACAUAUUUAUUAAUUCACCCCUCCGUCUUUAUGGCUUAUGCAUUUAUUCUCGUUUCAACAGUUGAUGUAAAUAUUGGCUGAGAAUAUGCAACUUGUAUAGAGUUACUUAUUUGUGUCGAUUACAGACUCAACCUACAGACUUAACCCAUAAUAGCACAGUAAUAGAAGCAUUAUUACACGUAAUAACAGUGUUAUUACAUGUAAUGCUUGUGUAAUAUCACCUCACAUGUUGGGAGACAAUCUAGUUUAACCUUCUGAUGGUUUAAUGAUAUGUGCGAUAUGUUCAUGAUCCAUCUUAGAAGAUGAAGAGUGCCUUCAACCACAUGACCCAGACCUUCAUUUUCUGCUUUAUUUAUGCGUCAGUGCAGGUGACUCACUCACCCUGAUGGUCGUCCAUCUCUAUUCCAAUUUUGCUCAUGCCCUUUUGAAUAAUGAAUCAUCCUUAUUAUUGACUUUGCUACAGUGUUUUUCAUCUGGCCUGUUUAAACAGACAGGGGCUAUCUUCCUCCCGGAGAGCGCAAGGUAAAUCUAGUGCAGAUAGCAACCUCUCCUCAGUGGCCCCUCCUCUCCAUGACAAAAAUGGACACAGUGUGAAGUCUCAGACUUGUUUGGCGAAUGCCACUAGUCUGUGAGUUAAUGAGAGGAUGUGGAGAGGCAGGUGCAGUUAGGGAAACCUGAAGAGAAUACUGAGUAAUAUAUAUAUUUUUUUUUAUUCUCCACCGAGCAAAUCCAAACUGGUCCAAGCCGAGCCACACAGGCAGAAUGCAGAAUGGGUCCUGUGCAGUAAUUGAAUGUGGGCGUGAUUGGAAAUGGAUGAAGAUGGAUGUCCAUUUCGGGAGCCUCGAGUUAAUUGUCUCUUCUCUUCUCACACUGUGCCUGUUUUCAUCUUGUGAACCAGGGAAUGCCCUCCAGGCGUUUGGGAGUGGGACAGACGUGAUGCCCACGCCCAGCGAAUCGGGACACCUCAGCCCAGCCACUGGCAGAGAAAGCCAUGCCACCACCCCUCUGCCUGCUACUGUGGAGACCACAUGGAACAUUCCAGACUCAAUUAUACCAACACAGGUGUGGUGAUUGUUUUGUUAAUUGUUUCAUCAGGGUCAGAGCUAAAAUUGAAUAAAAUAGAUACUUUUUCAGUUGUUUGUACAGUAUUCCAUCAAAAAAAUAGUUGCCAGGAGUUGAUACCUUUGCCAGUUAAGUUCAGGGAGGUUAUAGUUGCAUAUUUAGAGGACUCCCACCCGAUCACCUUUGACACAUUGUUUUGACAUUUCAGAAUGAUAAUGAAUAUCUUAGUUUUGGCCCUCGGCAGUGAAUAAUACCUACCUAGUUUUGUUAUGUUUUGUUUCAGGCUAACCAUGUAGGGCUACAAUGUUUUUUGUCAACAUUGAUCUCUCUUUCUCACCCUUAGGCCAGCGGAAACAACCGACUGUGGGGAGAUUCUACCCUCCCAUCGGAUGGGCUCCCAAACUCUGCCCCCGCACUUGGCCUACUGCCUCCAACUUCCUUUACUGGCCUUGUGGUCCUACCUCUGCUCUUAUAUGGACACUAAAUGAGGAAGCACUGCCAAGGACCACCCAUAAAGCAGAUGGGAGGAUUUGUAAAAAAGAUCUGGAGAAAUUUGACUCUUUAGCAUAUAGGCUACUCUUCCUCCUAAACAUGUACAGCAUAGUCCUUUUUCUAUUUUUGUUUCUUAGUGGUUCAGUUGCACUUGCAAGUCCCUUAGGUGUAAGACUUGGAGAGACUGAGACAGAUUGAAACCAAUCUGUAUACUUGUACAUUGUUAUCGCUUUGAGUCAAGAUGAAAGUACUUUUAUGUGGACUAACCUACCAUCAAGCUAUCCAAACACAUCCAAGCACAAGACUGAAUUCUAAAAACGCCAUCGGGAACUACACGGUUAUUCUUUAAGAACGGAAAGCUCUUACCUGAAACGUUGUCACGAGAAACCGUCUCCAGUGAACUGUCUUUAUUUCGUACUCAACUGCACAAACUGAUUGGAAAAGACCCUUGAGGAUAUAAGGCCUUUAAUACCGCUCUCUUCGACUUGACUGAAGGAGGAACAUUAUUUCUGAUCAAUACUGGAAUGAUAGAGAUAGACAAUGGAUCUACGGCAAAUUCAGCCAUUCUGGACAAAUACCCUGAUUCUGAUCAUUCCCAGUGCUGUCAGCUGCAAGAGAUGUGGGAACCUCAGAAUACAUGGGAUAGCUCUGACCUAAUGAUUAUCAUGCCCGCAGUGAAGAUUGGGCUCUUUGUCAUGCUGUCAUCGCCAGUUCGUUUGUUCUCGCUAAUGCUUAGCUAAGUGUUCAUUAUAAAACACUUUCUUCUCUUAGAACUUUGUUAAAAUUAAGUUAUGAGCAAACAUAUUCUCUAUGUGUACAGUACCAUAGUUCUGUGUUUGUGUGGAAGGACUGCCCCCUGUUCCUCAUUGUGUAAAUGGACAUUUCUCAAAGGGUGUCUGAAUUGGUAGGAACAAGGGUUUGUGUCUCAACAUUUCGGGCUAAAUUGUAACCCUUUUCACACUACUGAGCCA